AUGCAGAUUACAUUAAGAAAAUGCUUCGUUCCUCACAUUGACUUGGGCACUACUGAGAAACCUGAUGUGAUUAUGGGUCGAUGUUGUCAAGCGUUUGGCGAAGAAUGUAGCAUAAGAAAUCUAGGAACAAGUUUUCAUGACUCGAGAGCAUUUACUGACUCGCCUGUAAGUAUGAAAAAUCAUAGCGCAAGAUAAUCACGGUCAAUCUUAGGAGGUGAUUGGAGCAGGGUUUUUACGCACCACGUUCAACUUUCAUUAACAGCUGUGACUCCCUAUAAGCAAAAUUAGCUUUUCUCGUUUCCUUCUGUCGAAUCUUAUCAAUACUAACAAGUUUGUGCUAAGUUUGUCAAGAACUGAACUCACAUCAUAGAAGGAGAGGAUUAAGAGGAAAGCGCGCAACGUUACUAAUUUAGAUAAAUGUUUAAUCGUUUAAUAAAUCAGCUCGCUUCAGGUGAACCGUUAAUGUUGUUAGAUCUUCUUGUACGUUUGUCAGAGGUUCUUGAGCAUUAUGCCAACGCGGGAGCGACAAUGACUUAUGUUUUUGGAAUGUUGAUAAACUUUGAGUAAAGAAUGUGUUUUUGUGGGAAUAAAUUUUGGUCGGAGAGUUAAAGGAUUUGCAUAAAUAAUAAUAAUUAAGGCACGAACUUUAAACUGUUUUCGAGAAGCAUAGUGCACGAGUUUCCGAAAUGAUAAAUUUGCCUUUCCUUAAAUAGUUUGAAGGUGUUGAAACUGUUUAAUCUAAGUGAAUAUCGUCGCGGAGAAAUGAGCGGUAAUGAUUCCUUUCAAUAUUAAGCACGCUUGGCUGAUCCCACGGAAUUGCAGUCAUGAUGUCGACUAAUCCUUACCUUUAACUAUGGUAGAAAAAAUCAUGAUUUAUACUUCUGCUAAAGAGCAAGCAAUGGAAAAGAUUCUAAGAGUUAGUUUUAUCAUAUAUCUGCCACUGAACAUUCGUGAGUGUUACAAGCUUCCUUCCUUCCGGAAAGGUCGAAACGCAGACAGGAAAAAGUAGAAAACUAAAAAUAACGUUGAAUUAAGUCAGAUUCGUUCUUUCUGUAUAUGAACAGAAACGAGGCGGUUUAGUCAUUGGCAUAACGGCCACCCACUUUAGAGUUCAUACGAAUUAGAAUGCAGGUUAUUGGAAGCAGUCUAGCAAAUUUUCAUGAGUAGUGUGCCUGCCUCACCAGCCUCAUCAUACAGUUUUUCCUUUCUUUCAGCGCGUUAUGUUACAAAUAUGGCGUCAAACUUCUUCUUUUUUAGAAAAACAAAUAAAUAAAUAUGGGAAAAUUUAAUAACUGUUUCUUUAUAAUGAAACCACAGCUUCCAAGACCACUGUUUGCUGUGAUCCGGUUCCUGUACGCUGCCCUAGCUGUGGCUGACCUGGUGUGGAUUGGACUGGACCAUCCAAGAGGAGAGUGGAUCAUUCACUUCGGCAACUGGAGCCGGGUGGUAACAGCUCUGUACUUCUUGCUUGGUUCAAUCACUGCCUUCCAGCGCUCCUGCUGUGGAUCUAAAGCAAGCGACCAGUAUAACCGCAUUGACGACGACAACAAUCAGGAAUACUCAUUCCUUGAUCCCUCAGGGUCCAGUUCUUGUGCUUUGAGACCGGGAGAAAAGGACGUCAGUAUUACGACCAGAACAAACCGCCUAUCUUGGCAUCAUGAAGUGUUAUGGGUCCUGCACACUCUCGCUUCAAACAGCUCCUUCGCUUGCCUGAUCGCCUAUUUCACUUUCUUUUUCAAAGAGCGCUAUACCUUCAUUGGGGUGUUGGACUUUCCUCGCCACGUUCUCUAUCUGAUUCUGAUGAUCUUCGAUACCUUGUCCAGUCACAUUCCCGUAAGGCUGUGGCACCUCAUGUACGCUUACAUAUUCGGUGCCAGCUACGUCGUUUUCACGAUAAUCUUCAUUUUAACUGAAAUCAAGGUCAACUUAGGUCUUGAUCCUGCGGUGUACCCGUCGCUGGAGAUUGGUGACCAGCCUCUGAUCUAUACAGCCUAUCUAUCAAUAUUUUUGAUCGCUGGAUUUCCUUUGGCACAAAUAUUAUUCUUUCUCAUCUAUAAAUUCAGAGCUAACCUUGGAUCAAGCUGAAGUGCUGCUGUAUUAUUUAAUAUAAUCCACGGGUAUCUUACAAAUACCAAGACAUCUCUGACCAGUUGACAACUGAUAAUCAGGAAUAUAAUGAAUUUGAGAAGUCUGGGCUUUACAAGAAAGCCAGAUUUUAAUAAAUAACCACAACUGUAAAUACACUGCUGGUCAAAGCAUAUUCAUUCGAUGCCAUGGUGUUUCCCAUGUCUGUUUUCCAGAUUUUUGGCCUGAUUUUAGGCUUCCAAAAAUGCUCCACAAGCUCGUUAACA